UUGUCUGCUAUGCUCACGUUACUAGCUGCGUUUGUGCAUUCCUGCAGAGGCACAGGAGGCGACUAUCUCCCAAGGUGGCGGGUGCGCAUCCUCAAUGUCGCAGGAACGCUGCCCCAGACCGGGGUUCGCGACCUUGCCUCCGAGGCUCCCGAAAUCGCGGACGAAGUCCCCAACGUGGCCGUGGAGGUUGUGCUGAGCGAAGGGCCUGCCCCAGGCGAGGCCACUGAUUCAAGCGAUGUCGCAGUCCCAAGCCAGGAUCACGCCCUGCCGCAGGCAUGGCCAGCCAGCAGGGUGUCUGUCGGCACAGCUGCAGGCACAACUGGCUUGUCAUCAGGUGAACAUCAGUACAGCAAUGUUCGUGUUGGGGAGCAAGCAGAAGGUGGCACAGGCUUUGCAUUUGCGCCACAGCAAAAGGUGUGUCAGACGAAGCAUCAAGAUGCCCACAGCCUACACCAUCCUGAUGACAUCGUCACGGUGCUUCGAGGAAUGAAAGAUGCAGCCGUCCGGCAGGCCGUGGCUCUUGAACGCCUUGCCAACGAGGCUAGGCAACAGAGAGAUGUGACCCAGCGACAGACUGCAGCUCUGGAGCGUCUAGUAGAGCUGCACACCGAGGAGUUGAAGGAAAUCCGCUGCAUCGGUGCCCUGGCACAGACAAUCUCCACAGCUCUCCAGCAGGGGACAGAGGAGUGUGAAUGAAGACAAUGGAUUCCUUUCUUUCUCCCUUGUGAUGGACCAGGAGGACCAGCAAUUAUUGUGUGUGUGUGUGUGUGUGUUUUAUUUUUUUUACAAUGCUGCUGUCACCCGCCACAUUGUUCUAGUGAUUAUGGUGCUCGACUGUCGACUCAAAGGUCGUGCUAUUGAAUCCCGGCUGGGGCAGCUGCAUUUCGAUAAAGGUGAAAUGCUAGAGGCCUGUGUGCUUAAAUUUAGGCACAUGUUAAAGAAGACCAGAUGGUCAAAAAUUUCCCAAGGCCUCUAUUUUGGUGUCCCUCAUAGUCACAUCGCGGUUUUGGCACGUAAAACCCCAAUAAUUAUUUUUUCAAUGCUGCUGUAAUUUCAGCUACGGUGUUCUUGUUUGAAUAUUGACAAAAAGUCAAAUACAGAAUGCCUUUGUAAGAGGCACUGGUGAAAGAGAAAAUUGGGUAUAAGAGCCACCAGUGUGCCUACAACGAAGUUGGGGUUGAAUAAAAAAUAAGAGCGUGGUACCCUGGUUGUAAGAGACACCUCAUGUAAGGGACAAGAAAUGCUCCCCGGUGCAUGUCGCUUAUAAAGGAGUUGAACUGUAACACCAAGGGCAAACCUGAGUGCUGUAAUGCAACUGAGGCUUUAUUGCUGUGCCAGAGUCAUUUUUAGUUAUGCUUGAAAGGGGCUAUAUUUGUAUGUAUGUAUUUUAUUUCCA